AUGACCGAGGAAGGAAGGCACAUCGCCGGCGAGCCCAUCCGGCCGCCGCGGCUGGAGGAUGCGGGCCUGGAGGACUGCGCGCUCCCACCGGAGUCCAUCGCCAAGGCUUUCUCCCUUGCAGCGUGGGCCGUCUCCUCCCGCCUCCCCCACCUCCCCCUUUCCGAUGACGAGGACGACGUUGACCCGCUAGCGCCUCGUGGAGGCUGCGUGGAGGACGCGGGACCCACCUACGGGGUCAUUCCCGACGCCCUUGUUGGCGCGAGGGGCGGCAGUGACGGCGGCGCCGACGAGGUCGUCGUCGGGCGCGGAGACAGGGUUGUUGUGAUCGGCCAAGAGCUGGGACGGGAUGAGGGGUGUGCCGAGGGGACCAGAGGCGGAGAGCACCGGAAGGAGGAGGGUGAUGAGAUUGUGGAGAAAGCCAUCUUGGUGAAAGAUUUCGCGUGA